UUACUCCAGGAGCGACGUCGCUUGUCCGAGCAGAGCGCAGGUCGGGUGUGCACGAGGCAGACCUGAAGCAGACUCAAUAAUCAUAAGACUCUUCUGCAUCUUCUUCUUCUUUCUUUUUUGUCUGUGUCUGCGUGUGUGUGUGUGUGUGUGUGUGUGGCGUCCGCUCCUGCAGGGCAGCUGGUGGGUUGCGCGCACACAAGAGGAUGUCUUUGUCUCCUCGGCUCACACCUGGAACAAGGAAACAGUGAGAGCCUGUUUCUUGAAUUAGUCUUUUUUUUUUAAAUUAUUUUUUUAUUUAUCGUUGCUGUUGUUGUCGCUGUCGUUUUUGCUCGGUGCGGAAAAAGCAAAGUGCGGGACUAAAGCCGUCCCCUUGCGUUCGGAGUGCGCCGCCUCGACGGGGAUGCGCGUCUAGACCGUGACCCGCGGCUCCACCUGCGACACCAGAGACAGUCGCUUCUCAGCUGGGACGCCAGACACUCGAAUCUGUUGCAGGCAGACAUUGUUGAUGUUGUUGUUUUUUUGACACUGUGGAGGCGGUAAAGUGACAUUUUGCGCAAAGUUUCCACCGCAGUUUUUUUCUUCUUCUUUUUCCUUUUUUAUUGCCCCAUAAAACCUCCCUUGUCACAGGUUGCUGACAGCGCAUCAGCAGGCAACUUACCUUAUCAGAUAAAAAAAAGAGUGUAAGCACGUUCCAGAGAACGUGGCUGUGGCCUCUUUUUUUUUUUUUUUCCUUCCAUUUUACGCACACGGGGGAGACCUUCGUGCGCAAGGCGGAGACGAGCGCACGGGCGGACGCAGACGCAGACGCAGCAGCAGCAGCAGCAGCAGCAGGUGCUGAUUUUAUUUGUCCAGCAUUAACCCGGGUCCCACAUAACACAGCGCUCCAUCGACAUGACGGACGGCGCGAGACAACGGAGCAGCACGGCGGGCUCCUCCGCCAAGGGCGCCGGCGACGGUGACGCGGCGUCCGGGGGAGGCGUCGCGCUCAAGAAGGAAAUCGGGCUCGUGAGCGCCUGUGGCAUCAUCGUCGGCAACAUCAUCGGCUCGGGUAUCUUCGUCAGCCCGAAGGGCGUGAUGGAGAACGCCAGCUCCGUGGGCGUGGCCCUGAUCGUCUGGAUCAUCACCGGCAUCAUCACGGCCAUCGGGGCGCUGUGCUACGCCGAGCUGGGCGUCACCAUCCCCAAGUCGGGCGGAGACUACUCCUACGUGAAGGACAUCUUCGGGGGGCUGGCUGGGUUCCUGCGGCUGUGGAUCGCCGUGCUUGUCAUCUACCCGACCAACCAGGCCGUGAUCGCGCUGACGUUCUCCAACUACGUCCUGCAGCCCCUGUUCCCCACCUGCUUCCCGCCGGAGAGCGGCCUGCGGCUGCUGGCCGCCGUCUGCCUCCUGCUGCUGACGUGGGUGAACUGCUCGAGCGUGAGAUGGGCCACCAGGGUGCAGGACAUCUUCACCGCCGGCAAGCUGCUGGCCCUCGGCCUCAUCAUCAUCAUGGGAAUCGUGCAGAUCUGCAAGGGUGACUACUACUGGUUGGAGCCAGCCAACGCCUUCGAGCCCUUCCAGGAGUACGACGUGGGUUUGAUAGCCUUAGCCUUUCUACAAGGCUCCUUCGCCUAUGGAGGGUGGAACUUCCUCAACUACGUCACGGAGGAGCUGGUGGACCCCUAUGUGAACCUGCCUCGUGCCAUCUUCAUCUCCAUUCCCCUCGUGACCUUCGUUUACGUGUUCGCCAACAUCGCCUAUGUCACGGCCAUGAGCCCCCAGGAGCUGCUCGCCUCAAACGCCGUUGCCGUGACGUUUGGUGAGAAGCUGCUGGGAGUCAUGUCGUGGAUCAUGCCCAUUUCUGUGGCUCUCUCCACCUUCGGGGGCGUCAACGGUUCCCUCUUCACCUCUUCGAGAUUGUUCUUUGCUGGAGCCAGAGAGGGCCACCUCCCCAGUCUGCUGGCCAUGAUUCAUGUCAAACGCUGCACUCCCAUCCCUGCUCUGCUCUUCACCUGCCUGUCCACUCUGCUCAUGCUGUGCACCAGUGACAUGUACACCCUCAUCAACUACGUGGGCUUCAUCAACUACCUCUUCUAUGGAGUCACUGUCGCCGGGCAGAUCGUCCUGCGCAUCAAACAGCCCGACUUGCACCGGCCAAUCAAGGUGAGCCUGAUAUGGCCGGUCAUUUACCUCCUCUUCUGGGCCUUCCUGCUCAUCUUCUCCCUUUACUCCGAGCCCGUGGUUUGCGGCAUCGGCCUCGCCAUCAUGCUCACCGGCGUCCCGGUUUACUUCCUGGGAGUCUACUGGGACAAAAAGCCAAAGUGCUUUGACGCCUUCGUCGACAAGAUGACAUACUUGGGCCAGAAGUUCUGUGUGGUCGUUUACCCGGCCAUGGGCGGCAGCAGCAGCGGGAGCGGCGAGGAAGGAGAGGAGAUGAAGGAAGCCAGGUCUCCUCUGGCCAAGGACGACGGGGACAACCACAAGUCGGCGGACUGCUAGAGGCCACCCCCCCCCCCCCAAAAAACAAAACAGACGCACACGUGGGCGCACACAUCACACACAGAGACACAUGCAAACACACACAGUACAUCGCGGUUUGUCAUGGAUUUACUGAUCAACACUUGUGCCGCCACACAUUGCCUUUGAUAAUUUUUUUUAAUAAUUUUUUUUUUUGGGGGCUCUCAGAAUUGUGUCAAUCAAUGAUUUCUUUUGCCAAAUGUAGUGCGAGAUGUUUAGAGUGACAUGACCUCAAAACUUUUCUACCUGGGGUCUUUCAAAAGUGCAAUAACGCAAUGUUCGCACCUUCCAACUUCUCAGUACAGGCUUAAAAAGGCGUCAAACCAUUCACUAUUCUCCGUCGUCGUCGUCAUCACCGCGCUUCUGAUCUUCCCUCUUCCCCUCCACACACUCUCUGCACACUCCUACUGUAAGAGCGAGAUUUUUUUUAAUUUAUUUUUUUAUUAUCAAAAGACUCUUACUGUACCGUGACGGCUACGCAAACAUCUCUCUCUCUCUCUCUCUCUUUUUUUUUUUGCCAAAUUGUAAAUGUUGCUUUGUCGCACACACUCAACACACCAAAGCUGUAUUUCAAAUGUCAAAGCGGAAAAAAUCUGAUUCAGAUCAAAUCAUUUCAACAAGUGCUGUUGGUUUGUUUUUUUUUCAAAGCUGACUGUGAUUCCAAAAACUGUUUCUCUCAUUUUUAUAAUUGUGACAAUUGUUUAUAUCUUUUUUUUUUUUUUUUUUGCCCUUUGUUGUUAUUUUAGUUUUAACAUGUUCAUUUUAGCUUUGUUAGUAUUUUUUUUUCUCCUUCGAUUCAACAUCAUAUUCAUAUGGGCCUGUUUUUUACUCUGUGGGUAAAUGAUGCACAGUUCUUGUUAAUUGCCUUAAUUAGCAUAUUUUCUGUACUCUGGUGCCAUUAUGACCAUGUUUUGACUGGGGGAAGAGAGUUGGUUAAUCCUCACACUUGGCAACGGAAAGUGUCAGUUCUUAAGAUCUGGGUUUUGAGUUCUUGUUUGGACACGACACAGACAAUGAAUCCGUUAAAACUGGAGGGUCCCGCAAGGACAUAGACGACGAGAAAGAAAGUAGGGAAGGAGGCAAAUCACAAUAGUUUCUCACCACCACCAUUUGCAUUGUUAUUGUGCUAAAUCCCUACACCGACACAUGUGAAUGCCCGCGUGAAAACACUUUUUUUAAAGGCAUUGAUUGUCUUUCAUGUUUUACUGAUAGUAUUUUUGUAGCUCAACAUCUAGCAGUGUUCAGAUAUUCUUUUUUUUUGUGUGUAUGCUUUACUUGGGAAGAAGAAGAAGAAGAAGAAGAAGAAGAAGAAGAAGAAGAAAAAAAAGCUUUACAUUAAAGAAAAUAUUUCUCGAUACAUACAAUUCACUAGAAGUUAUUUUGUCGUGCAAUAGUCAGCACAGUCAGGCACCAGCAAAAACUGAACGCGCUCCCCCCUGAAUGAAACCCAUUCUGUGUCGUCUGGUUGCGGUUAUGUAUCUAUACUUAUGCUGUAUACUUUUGUAACCACACUCCGUACAUAAACACACAUUAUAUCCUGAAUGGUGUGCAGUCUUUCUAAAAACCGUUAGUGUCUCAGGGCAUCCCCACUGCCUUCUCCUACACUGCCUACACUCGACAGAUCUGACUCGUUGCUUCUUUGAACUCCAGUCUGUUCGUGGUAAAUGUUUGUAUUGGGUGCUCGAUCUGUCAUCUAAUCCCCCCCCCCCAAAAAAUUGAAAUAACGAUGACACGCGUUGACUAAUUAAAAUUGUAAAACUACUAUUAAAGUUGGGCCAGUACUGUAAAGGUUGCUCUAAUUCAAUUCUAAGGGGAACAGGGUGUCUUGGAUGUCUUUGCAAGUACAAUGAUUGUGUUUUGUGCCUGUACGGUUGUUUGUGCAUCAGAAUGCACAGGUUUUCAUGACGUGACUGUCUUUUUGUCUGAGUAAAUAAAAAAACCACUGACUAAUGUU